GUCCACUCUUUUCUAUUAACCAUUAUUAUAUUAUUUUAUUUUCUCUCUCUCAUUAAUAUUAAAACCCCAAAUCUGAUCUCUCCCCUCACAGACUUCGUUCUGAUCGAUCUCCACAACCCCAAAAGCUCCGAUCCAAACCAAACCAAACCUUUUUGAAGAUCAUGACCGGAAAGAGAGCCGCCCAUCCCGGGAGCCCAUUAUCCGGCAACUCGCCGCCGGACACGGGUUCCUCAAAAGAGCUGGACCGGUUCCUCCCCAUAGCGAACGUGAGCCGGAUCAUGAAGAAAGCCCUCCCCGCCAACGCCAAGAUAUCCAAGGAAGCGAAAGAGACCGUCCAGGAAUGCGUGUCGGAGUUCAUAAGCUUCAUCACCGGCGAGGCCUCCGACAAGUGCCAGCGGGAGAAGCGCAAGACCAUCAACGGCGACGACCUGCUGUGGGCGAUGACCACGUUGGGCUUCGAGAACUACGUCGCCUCCUUGAAGGCUUACCUCAACAAGUACAGAGAAACGGAGGGGGAGAAGAACUCCAUGGCCAGAAACGACGCCAAUAAUGAACAUUCGCCAACUUCUUCUCCCAACAAUAAUAAUUAUAAUAACAAUAUCGUCGGCGGCGGCGCUGCUUCUCCCGGCGGCCAUUUUAUCAAUGGAAGCUUCCCGAAGAUUAUUGGGUAUGGCGGCGGCGAGGCUCAUCUUCUUCAGAUGAGCAGCAACAAUGGAGGCGGUGGUGGAGUGAUGAUAAGUAUGGGGAAGGCGGUCAAAGGAAUUGAUGGAAAUGUUCAGAGGACCGCCAUGGCAACCACUGAUAAUCUCCAUGGGAUUAUUGAAUGGUAGACUUUUAUUUUAUUUUAUUUAUAUUUUAUGCAUACCACACUGAUAUGAUAUGAUAUGAUAUGGCAUUCUACCAUAAGAGAGAAGGCUAAUUCAGAGAAGUCUUGAAUUCGAAUUUUAAUUUCAGUAGCAUUUAACUAA